AUGUUUAGCGCGCCGGUGUACCUCUGCGUCGGCGACGAGUACGACAAGCGCCAGGGGCCCACCCACAAGGCGACGGGGCAACAACCGUUUGUGGUCUCCGCAAAACGUAACCCACACAUCACCGAUGCCACCUUUGACCCCUUCGUAUCGCUCUCAACCGGUGACCCGUACCGCUCUGUUGGCUUUGCUGGGCCCUUCCGCGAGGGUGCCUCGACGUGUGGCAAGAUGGGACAAGGCAGUGGUGCCGCAGCCCCACCGCCGUUCCGCCCCGUCGGGGGCAGCAAGAAGAGCAGCGGCAAGGGCGACUACUACGGCACCUUUAGCGAGAAGGCACCGAUCCGCCACGAGACCGAGUUUCCGCCCAUCAAGACAGCCGCAGACUACAAAGCCGAGACGGCAGCAGCGAAGCGCAACUUCAUCGUGAACCCGCCUAAAAAGGGCACAUACGGCUACACAGGUCUCACGAUUGCACAGGCAGGCGAGGUGCAGUAUGUGGCGGACCCGUACGAGGGCAACAUGCGCCGCGAGGCACUCGAGAGCAAGUAUGAAACAACGAGGCGCAUGGGCUCACCCUUCCGCAGCGCCGUUCAUGCCAGCGGCUGCUUUGAUGAGAGCAAGCACGGCGUGAGUCGCGUGUACAGUUUGACAAAGCCGCUGCCACCCAAGCGCAGCCCGUCGUCCCAGCAGGCUACAUCUGGCAUUUCUGCUGGCCGCAAACCGUGGGUGCCUGGUGGCGCCCUUGUCCCUGAUCUGCUGAAACAACCAGAGUAUCAGGAGGACCCGUACGACGUGAAGGAGCAGAAGGUACGGGCAAUGCGGCAGAAAGAGAGCGCCUACAAGCCGUGGAUCCCGGCCGGGAACGACCCGUACCGGCACAUCUACACGAAGCCCAUCGAGUACGACCCCCCGGCGGUUGUCUAA